AGGAGAGGAGGAGAGGAGAGGAGAGGAGAGGAGAGGAGAGGAGGAGAGGACAGGAGAGGACAGGAGAGGACAGGAGAGGAGAAGAGGAGAGGAGUUGGGCAUUGUUUCAUCCUCGCGUCCGGAAGGUUUCUGGAGUUGCUCUUUGGCUCUUCGGACCGAAUCCACUCCACGGAGACGCGAGGUCGAGUCUCUGGAGCUGAACCGAGUCGACCAGUGGGCGAUCACCCCCUCCUCUUCAUCUUCCUCCUGUUUCCCUUCUUUUGUUGUUGUUGUGGUGGUUCUUGGACUGGAGUAUGAAGGAGGAAACAAACACACGCUGAUAUGUCGCAUCUCUGAGGUGGACACUUCCGCACGGGUGAGGCCCGCUGACCCAAACAUCCCGCCACAUCCCUUUCAUCCCUCGCCCUAGCGCUCUUCUGUUCCCCCGUACGCCGCCUCUCCCCCUCAACGUCAGCCAUCAUGACGUCUACCAGCCGACUGUUGGGUUUGUCGGAGGUGGGCCUGAGGUGUGACCAGGAGAUCGAGCGGAGAUACGAGAUUGUGCCCUCAGUGGUUUGCUCUAUGUGCUGCCUCUUUGGAAUCAUCUACUGCUUCUUCGGCUAUCGAUGCUUCAAGGCAGUGCUGUUCCUCACGGGCCUGAUGUUUGGCUCGGUGGUCAUCUUCAUGCUGUGCUACAAGGAGAGGGUGAUGGACACUCAGCUGAGCGUCGAGGCCUCGGUCGGCAUCGGCCUGGGCAUCGGGACCCUGUGCGGCCUGGUGACCAUGCUGGUGCGCAGCGUGGGACUGUUUAUGGUGGGCCUGCUGCUCGGCCUGCUGGUUGGAGUGGCUUCGCUGGUGGUCAUGGAGGAGUUCUACCACCCCAGAACAGUCUGGGUUCCUCUGGGUAUCCUCCUGGGAUCUGGAACGUUAUUCGCUGUCCUCACUCUUCAGUGGCAGUGCUGCUUCGUCACCCUCUCCACCGCCACUUUUGGCUCCGCCGUCAUCACUGUCACCGUGGAUUACUUUAUAGAGCUGUUUGCCUUGGUACACUAUGUCUACGAGAGACUCCGGGUGGCACCUAAGAAGCCAGUGUGCUGGUUCACCUGGGUCAUCUUGGGAGUGUGGCCCGUCCUGACCCUCCUCGGUGUGCUCAUCCAAUGGAAAGUCACUGCAGAGGGAUUUUCUCACACAGAGGUGGUUCUGAGCCGACAGCAACGGAGGGUCCAGCUCAUGCGCAUCCGACAGCGUGAAGAGAGGCUCAAAAAGGAGAAGGAGAACAAGAAGAAGAAAAAGGGACAGAGCCAGAAGACCAGCCACAAGCAGAAGGCCCACGCCCACCACCACCACCACCACCACCACCACCAGCAAUAUCACCACCCAGCAGCGUCCCACCCGCAUCACCAAACGCAGAGCUCUCAGCCUCCUAAACUCCCUCCGCCUCAGACUGACCCCGGCUACCACCGCAGGGUCAAUCCUAAGAGACGCUUCGAUGGAGAUGUGCUGUCACAGAGCUACAUCAGGAAUUUCAGGGACAGGCAGACUGACAGACGGGCCUACUCCCACAGUCGAAUGAUGAGCCGCUCCCGGAUGGCCGAACUCGACUACGAUUGUGGCUCUCAAGUUCCCCUCACGGCCCAGAGCGGGCCCCCGGUUCGCAUAUGAGGCAGCCAAAUAUGCACAGGUCCACUCACACACAAUCGCACCAUCACAAUAAGGCGGCUUCAGAAACUCCUCGUCACAGAAAGGAAUAUACCACCUAACUUUACUGUGUCGACCUGAGCGGCUGCCUGAGCUUAGGGGAAGGGAUUAGUCCCACACUGGUUUCCUCCUCUCACACCUGUUAGACGUUGUUGAGUUUGGUCUUGUUUCGUUCCUUCUGAAUAUCAAGACAAACGGAGUAAGAACUGUUAAGAUAAAAACGGUGUCAUAUCGGCAUCUAAGGAGUCGGUGAUUCCAUUCAGAGCUCUCAGAGGAAAUCGACCGAUAACAUAAUAAGAAACACGGUUGACACUAUAACAGAGAGGCGGCUCUUCAUUACUUUCUCCUUUGUAAGGUCCAACAAUGUGUUCAUGGUGGAGUCAGCCCGUUGUGAUCACUGACAGCCUGCGAAUCCAGACUUGGCAGCACGAGUCUUGGCUUCAAAACGCAGAAAUGGGGCCAGCUGUAGGUGUGCAUGGCAUUGAGCAACCCACCCUGACGACAGUUUUUCUACGUCAUUCCUCCCAUGAACACUCCGUUUUCCGAGGAGAAUGUGCUGCAUCUCGUCACUUUCCUCGUGCCCUCAAUCGCCCACCGGACCUGAGCAGGAGACGCAUCGACACCCCCUCCCCCGCCCCUCUCCCCUCUUUCCACCGAAAUUCAAAGCUGGGCAAUUUGUCGACAUGUCUCCAAGUGCUCUCAUGUCCCCUUUUUAACUCCGAUCCCCGAAAAACAAUCUACAUUUAUAGAACUUAUCUUUUUAAAACGCUGUUAAGAAACAAGGACAAUUACCAGCUGUCUGAUACUGGUCGACCAGGAAUUUGACUGUUGACGUGAAAGGGGACAAUACGUGGCAGCGGAAAUGUGUGAGGGUGGACACAUGAGCCCUGUGGCAAGUGAUGGCAUGUACCAAAUGUUGGCCAGGGAGAGGGGGGGUUCAUGAUAAUGUAUGUAGAAAGGUACGCUCUUGAUAUUUUCACUCUUUUUCACCAAUCUACUGGUCCAGUCAAAAUGUGAUCCUUUUAGUUUGAUGGAGUUCAGUGAUGACAACGAGGAGGUUUAAAAUGCUGAUGAUCUACUGUGAAUGAUGAGACGCGGGGAGAGUCAAAAGAUGAGAGCAUCUGCAAACGGCGCCCUCUAAUGUUUACUCGUGGACCUUCACCGUUUCUGUGUGAACAUGUUUGUGUGUACAUGCAUACGUGCGUGUGCUUUUGAAUUCAGUUGUGCUCACAUCACAUGUCGACGCGGUGGACAUCCAGAGAGGUGAGAGAAUAUAAAUGUGGAAGAGAAGUAUUUUCAGUACAGCAGAAAUAUUUGUUUUUAUUAUUUGAAAACGUAUGCGUUACCAUUCCAACUGAGUUUAAAUGUUGCAGUGAAAAUACACUGAAUUCCUCAACAUUGGAAACAGAUUUGCGGUUUUUGGGGGUUUUCAUGUGUUUCUUUUUUCUUUUGCUGAAGUACUACUGAACACCGGGGGGGGGGUGUCUGGAUUGAGCCGCUUUGCAGUUCUUUGUGUGAUGAAGUUGGGACUGGAGGACUUUCACUUUAACCCAUUACUGCAUGAGAAUCCUUGUGUAACUGUCUCCGAUGUGUCAGUGUUUCCGUGUGUCACUGUUGUCAUGUAAAAGAAACUACUUUUGAUUGCCAGGUUAGUUUCCCUGGGUUCACAAAAACCCGUUCAAGAAUAAUUAAAAUGAAGUAAAGAAUUACGAAAGGGCGUCGAUCUGAAGUGUAAUGUGCUUCAAUAUUAACAGUAAAUUUACAUGGACAGUCCAACGUUAGAGAAUAUUUUAAAAGGACCAAAUCAUUUUGAGACCUUCUUCUUCUCUUAGUUUACGCUGUCCAGAGAAAGGGCUUUGAAAAGGCAUUUGAAUCAUUUCUGUCGCGACGUGUUAUGCUAAGACACCUUCUCUUCUACUGUAUCGGUGUUAUUUCAAUAAUGUUUCGCUGUAGUGGCUGUUCCGAGUGUUAUUUUGAGUUUUGCUCACAUUUCAGUCCUGUUUCGAAUCUCUGUUGUGGCUUCACUGUAGUGCAGUUGUGACACCAUCGCCGUCCUUACCUGGAAACAAAAUGUUAAUUCUAAACUUUGGCCCCUCCCCCACUUGUAAUUUGGGGACAAGGUGAAUAAUUAUUUUACUCUUCUUCUGUUGAUUAGCUUUUUUUUCUCCUAUUAUUAUCUGUGAUUGCUCUUCACUGCUGAAUAUAUGUCGGGAUAAUGCCUUGCAUUUCAUUGUAGAUAUUGACCUGUAAAUAGUUUUUAAAUGUACAAAUGUACGUUUUUGUUGUCAUGUUUUACACCAUGAUCGCUUAUGUUAUGUAAAUUAGCCAUCUGAUAAUUUUCUAACGGACUAGACUUGUUUUAUAUUGUGUCACUGCUGUAUGUCCAGUUGGUUUCAUUUUGCCGGGUGCACUUCACUCAUUCUUAUCCUGUCUGGUGAUUCAACAUGUGACGCUGAAAAUCAACAACCGCAAACUGAGCCUUGACUUUAUCAUCAGCAGUUAAUAAUAAUUCAAUAAUUGUGAUACUGCAACGUAUUUUCCUGCCACCCUGUUUAAAUUGUACACAUAGUUAUUAUUAUUAUUAUUAUUGUCAUUGUUAUUGCGCAUGACUUUAUAUGGACCUCAAAUAUGAUAAACAUUGUGAUUCCACAACCUAAUGG